AUGAGCCAUGUUGUGUCUUCGUCCAGGAGGCUCGGCCCGACCCUGGCUGCCAAUGCCAUGAUGCAGCGUCCGAUUAUGUGCCUCUUCUGCCAGCACCGGCGCACCUUCGCCGCAUCCGCCAUCCGCCACGCGAAGCCCGCCGCCGGUGCGUCCCUCGACCCCCAGAGCAAAAUCAAGGGAACCCCCAUCGAGGCGCCGCGGGGCUACGGCAAGCGCAUCGAGGGCGAGUUCACCCCAAAGCCGCUGCCCAGGCCCAUCGGGAUGCAGGACCCUCCGCGCGCUGGCGAGAACAGUGGUGUUGACGGCCGAACCCUCCGCCAACGUCGGGACGACUUUGUGGACUAUGACAAGCACCUUGUACGGCGAGAGGAACUAACUGCACAGCUCUCGAGGCCGUACUUCCGCGAUUGGGGCAAUCUCAAAUUCCACGAGGGCAAGUCCUUCAUUGCGCCGCCCCGCCUCUUCAAAGCCGAGCUCUCUCUCUUCUUCCCCAACUUCAUCGGCCAGACGAUCGAGAAGUCGUCCAAGGAGCCGAAGGACACCACCCCGGUCCUCUCCGGCAGGGCCUCCGUCGUGUCCUUCUUCAGCAGCCAGUGGGCCGAGAACCAGGUAAAUACAUGGACGUCCGAGGCCGCCAACCCAGAGCUGCACGCCGUGCUAGCGCAGAACGAAAAUUUCGCCCAGAUGGUGAGCAUCAACUACGAGGACAACAAGGCCAAGGCGUGGAUCGUCCGCAUGUUCAUGGGGACCCUCCGCAAGAAGUACCCCCAAAGGGACUGGGACAAGUACUUCCUGGUCCAAGGAGGCGUCACCGACGAGAUCCGCGAGUGCAUCGGCCUGCUCAACAGCAAGGUCGGGUACACCUAUCUCGUCGACCAGCACUGCCGCAUCCGCUGGGCUGGGAGCGGGACCAGCCAUCCCGACGAGCUGGAGGGCCUGAACAAGGGCCUCGCUCGCCUGGCGGACGAGAUCAGGAAGGAGGCCGCCCUGCCUGCGAGUGCGCGGGAGCAGCACCCGGGCAACAAGCGUGUUGGAUAG